AUGGCCAUCUUAAAAUGCUUACUUCUAAUCUUAUCAUUAGUCCGUUAUGCAUCUUCAGUUACUUUCAAUUUCACUGAUAUUAGUCUGCAUAAGGACAUGUUUAUUUUCAUUAGUGACGCUAAUAUCUCUGCUGAUGGGAUCCAGCUGACCCCAGAAAGAAGACGUCCAGGCCAGACAUGGUAUAGUGGUCGGGCGACAUAUAUUAAUAAGCUUCAUCUCUGGGACAAGUCCUCGAGUGAACUAGCCGGCUUCUCGACCAGUUUUUCAUUUGUGAUAGAUUCAUACCCACAACGCGUUUAUGCAGAUGGUCUAACAUUUUUCCUUGCAGAGGAUAAUGGGGUAGCUCUGUAUGCAGGUGCCCUGGGUCUACCAUACGAUACCACACACAAUGUAACUAUAAGUCCAUUUGUUGCAGUGGAGUUUGAUACGUUUGGUUUGAACGGUUACGAUAAUCAUUCUUUUAAUGAUCAUGUAGGUAUUGACGUUAAUAAUCUUUCAUCUGUAAGGAUUUCAGAAUGGCAGACAGAUAUACCUAAUGGGAGACAAUGCCAAGCUUGGAUUCAGUAUGAUUCUGAUUCUAAAAAUCUAAGUGUCUCUUUUACUAAUAUUAGAGACAGUAAUGUUGUUAGGCAAAAUGGACUUUAUUACAACAUUGAUUUGAGGGAUGUGUUACCUGAAUGGGUUAUUUUUGGGUUUUCUGCUGCCACGAGUGCUGAUUCGUUUCAGAAAAACAUUGUGAAAUCUUGGAUUUUUAAUAGUUCUGAUUUGAAAGUUGAUAAAAACAAAGUGUUAACACCGAAUACAAGGAAUGGUAAAAACAAGAUUCGCCCACACGUAGUGGGAUUAUUAGCUGGAGUAGCGGUUCUAGUUACUUUUUUGGUGACACUGGCGUUUGUUUUAUGGCGGAAAAACAAAAACUAUGAAGGUGAAGUGGAGGAGCUUCGAUUUACUGUAGAAAUGAACAAUGAAUUUGAAAUGCAAGCAACUGGGCCUAGAAGAUUUUCAUAUGCUGAAUUAGCCCGGUCAACUGCUGGCUUUUCAGAGAAGGAAAUGCUUGGAGAGGGAGGUUUCGGUGGUGUUUACAAAGGCUUCCUCAAAGACUCAAGUACAUAUGUCGCGGUCAAAAGGAUCUCAAAGUCCUCCAAACAGGGAAUGAAGGAAUAUGCAUCGGAAGUAAGAAUCAUUAGCCGGUUAAGGCAUAAAAAUUUAGUGCAACUUACCGGAUGGUGCCACCAGAGAGGAGAACUACUGCUGGUUUAUGAGUUCAUGGAAAACGGAAGCUUAGAUUUACAUCUAUUCAAGGGUAAGAGUUUGCUGACAUGGGGUACAAGGCACAAGAUUGCCCAUGGACUGGCUUCUGCGUUGCUAUAUUUACACGAGGAAUGGACUCAAUGUGUUUUGCAUAGAGAUAUCAAAUCGAGUAAUCUGAUGUUGGAUUCGAAUUUCAAUGCAAAGCUUGGUGAUUUUGGGUUAGCUAAGUUGGUUGAUCACGAGAAAGGCCAUAAGACAACGGUUGCGGCUGGAACGAUGGGUUACAUGGCUCCAGAAUGUGUAGCGACCGGAAAGGCAAGCAAAGAUUCAGAUGUCUUCAGCUUUGGCAUUGUUGCGCUGGAAAUAGCAAGUGGGCGAAAGCCUAUUGAUUACAAGGCGAAAAAAGAAAAUCAAAUAUACUUGGUGGAAUGGGUAUGGGAACUUUAUGGUGUUGAUGGACUUUUAGAAGCAAUUGAUCCACAUCUUGGGUCAGAUUUUGUGGAAGAAGAAAUCAAGCGUUUAAUGAUCGUUGGCCUUUGGUGUGCGCACCCUGACUCAAAACACCGCCCAUCGAUAAGACAAGCAAUUCAAGUACUGAACUGUGAAGCUUCUUUGCCUGUACUCCCCUCAGAGAUGCCAGUUGCCUCUUACAAUAUCCCUGACGCCAUAUCGAGGGAUUUGUCAAAACAGGCGGUUUCUUCAACACCUCCAUCUUACUUAUUGGGUCGUUAA